AGCUUGUUUGUGUUUUGGUUCUAAGGGGAAGUUGCGAGAAGAAAGAAAGGAGGAGACGUGACGGGAUUGUUGAAAUUGUUUUCUUGGUUUCUCCAGCACCACCUCACCACAGUGUCCUGAGUUCCGUGUGUAAAUACUACAGCGGUGGUAUUUAAAGUUCAAAACAUCGUCUGGCUGUCAGCAGAAGUCCUGAUAGUGAGGUUUGGCACGCAGGACACUGGGUGAUCUGACUAGGUCAUGGCCAAUCGGGGAGGAGCUACGAGACCCAAUGGACCCAAUGCAGGGAACAAGAUCUGUCAGUUUAAGCUGGUGCUGCUGGGGGAGUCAGCUGUUGGGAAGUCCAGCUUAGUGCUUCGCUUUGUCAAGGGCCAGUUCCAUGAAUUCCAGGAGAGUACAAUAGGAGCGGCCUUUCUCACCCAGACAGUGUGUCUAGAUGACACAACAGUGAAGUUUGAAAUCUGGGACACUGCAGGCCAGGAGCGUUACCACAGUUUGGCACCCAUGUAUUACAGAGGAGCACAGGCUGCCAUUGUGGUCUACGACAUCACAAACGAGGAGUCCUUCGCACGGGCAAAGAACUGGGUGAAGGAGCUGCAGAGACAAGCAAGUCCUAAUAUAGUCAUCGCUCUGUCAGGCAACAAAGCUGACCUAGCCAACAAGAGAGCUGUCGACUUCCAGGAUGCCCAGUCCUACGCAGAUGACAACAGCUUACUUUUCAUGGAGACGUCAGCUAAGACAUCUAUGAAUGUGAAUGAGAUAUUUAUGGCUAUUGCAAAGAGAUUGCCAAAAAGUGAGCCACAGGCUGCGGGAGCCAACAGCGGGCGGAACCGGGGAGUGGACCUGACAGAAGCUGCCCAGCCAGCCAAGGCUCCGUGCUGCAGUAACUAAUGUGAAGAACGCCUCCCCCACCAACCAACCUGCAUAGCAGUAACUAAUGCGGCUGACACCCCAAAUGCCACUGCAGUUACUAAUGCAAUAUGUUGUACUCUUAUCUCCAAUUCUCUGAUUGGCAAAACAAGAAAAGAUGCCCUGUGCCCACCUUUCAUUUUGCAGUAGCGAAGUCAAUGCCAUUACACUGAUCUCUCAACAUGGCUCUGCCUCUUUUCCUACAUCAUGGUUCUGCUGCUACCUGGUGAAGCCUCCUAACCAUUCUUUCUUACUUUUUGCCAUCUAGCUUGUUACAUCUAUCAAUUAUUGAUGAUAGAUUAAUGACAGCAGAUCUUAGAGAAUAUUAGUGCACCCUGCCUUCCAUCAUCUUCCUUCCAAUGUGUAGAUAUGAGUUUCAUUUAGAGGAAGUGGUCACUUCCCUUUUCUGGGAUAGCUUGAGACUUUACCAGAGCAAUUCUAAUACCAGUCUUCUGUUUUUGAUAAUUUUGUUAAAAAAUGUUUUUGCUAUAAUUUUGUCAAAAUUAUGGAUGCACAUACCUGUAUACUUAUAUGGCCUAAAAUAGAAAAACAGAAAACUGUGCUUUACCUUUUAUCUGCAGUAGCACAGAAAAAAUGUCUAUAAGUGAAGAGGGGUGUAAUCUUAUGAAUCUGAGGAAGAGGAAAGGCAUAGGGUGGAGACAGACAGAGAGGAACCUAGGGCUUCAUGCCUCUCCUUUGUCACUGGGAGCCUUUUAUCUGAAAGUUUAAAAACAUUUGUGGACUGUAGUCCUUUUAGAGGUCUGAGUCCCUCAGCCCGUCCACUGCUCUCCGUGUCCUUUCCCCCACUAAACCCAAAGUAGUACUAGUGUACAUUCUCUUCUACCACCCUAAGGCUCCAUUCUUGGGGCCAUGCCUGCUUCUAGCUGUCUCUAGUGGCAUUGUGCAAUGUUUCACAGUAUUUACUCUGUGAUUUUGAGUGUCUGCAAAGACCAUUGCGGCACAACAAACCCCCUCACUCCACCCAGCUUCUCUACAACAAGGCACAGGGGCCUGUGAGGUACACAUUACAGUGCCUCGAGAUAACUUCUGUUGUGAAUUGGCGCUAUAUAAAUAAAAUUUGACUUGACUUGACAUUAGUGUCACUGCCUCCCCACCUCCUGAUGCAGUGUUCUUUCAUAAGUCUUGUAUAGUCCACCCUUGUCAUGGUUAUACUGGGGACUGUUGGGUUUCUGCCUUUGGAUGAGUUAGUUAAUGCAGAUCACCUUUUCUAUUGUGUUAAUGUUGCUGGACCACUGCUGGGUUUGCACAUGGUAGAAAGCAAAGGUGAUGUUAGUGAGUGGGGAGGUGCAAUAUGUAAGGUUGCUUCAUAAUCACCUUUGAAUUCAGAAUUAUUUUGUCAUCUUCUCUUGAUUAGGAAGUGCUUUAGACACAGUCAUGUGUCAGUGUGUACAAACUGGGCCUGGGCUGGCUGGCUGGCUGGUGACAGAUUUCAUCCAUAGACUCACUUACACGUGCCCAUUUCCGUGUGUGUAUGUUGGAACACACGUUUGCACAUAAACACACACAUUACAACAACUUCUCUCUGAACCCUGUCAAACCUAAACAUCAUUGUACAUAAGGACACAUGAACACACACAUGUAGUCUGUUACACCACUCCCUCAACUGUUGACCACAUAUUUGUGUUUUUCACCUCCCACCCCCCACACUAUACAUUGUUAUAUACACACGCAAACACACAAACACAUACACAGCACAUGUGGUUAAUAACUCUUUUUACAGGUCUGUCUUAAUCAUGCCUUGCACUAAUAACGCUCAUGAAUAUAUCUUGUCAUAAUUACAGCCAGUGUGAUAUAAAUAUAUAAAUAUAUAUAAAUAUAAAUAUAUAAAUAAUAUACUGUAAAUAGGGUGUUGCAGUGUAGUCUACCUUUUUUCGAUUUACAAGUGACAGGACUAAUGCUUGCUAGGGAGCUGUCUAGAUAAUCAUUAAAAAAAAAACUGUACAGUUAUCAGAAAAAAACAGCUACAAUCUGGGUUUGGAGUUUUGUUUCUGUUCCUUUUUUCCACACAAAUGGUUAAAUUAUAAUUAGUGGUGGUCUUUAUAAAUGUAUGUAGUGUUAUUAACAAAAGAAAUGAAAUUGCAUUUAUUUAGUUGUCUGUCUUGUACCUUUUUCUCAAAAGAAAAAAAAUAAUAUCCAAAUAUUUUGGUUUCUAUUUUUUAAACUCUCUUUAUUGGAUUUCACUAAUACCUUUUUUAAUGGUAUCAGGCUACGAUGCCUUGUCCAGUACUCCUCCCUGUAAGUAGACCUGAACCUCCAGAGACACUGCUUGUAAAAGCUCUAGAGGAAUCAGACACAACACAAAACAGUUUGAUUAACCAAUUGUCUGCUCCUCUAUAACAUCUCAGUAACAUUGUGACGAUAUUGUAGCAACAGUGUAACAACUAUCAGCUGGCACGAUGGUGAUUCAUGAAUAAAUGAAUUAACACAUAAUAGGGAUGUAAAUUGUAUGUUUUUUUUUUUUGUUGUUUUUUUUUUUUUUUUGGUUCUGUUUUUUGUUUUUUUGCCGUGAACACUUAAUUGCAGCCGAAAACAUUUAAAUGCAAGCAUUUUACAGUACUGUUAUGUAAUGACCAAAUAAAUACUGAAAUAAAUUUGAUCAUUUAUUAUUGUAA